AUAUCUACCCGCUAUAAGAAAAGGAACAAAAAGUUAGGUAGAGUUUCAAGGAGUAUGUUUUUGGGAGACACGGUAUCUUCGACCCGAAUGUGGUCCCUCAUACAAGACUACCAGAAAUCGGAAAAGACAUUGUGCAAGGCGCAAGGAUCUUUUGCAUGCAGUCUUGUAUUGGGACCAUUUUGUUCGGUUGUUUGCGCUUACUUUUCAUUGCUGCUCGUGUGGGCGUUUUACAGGUUUUACUUGGCGUAUUAAAUUCGUUGACCACCGCAUGCUGGCUGUGGUGGGAGGCCGUUAUAUGUCAACUCAAAUUAAAUAAGUGUGGUGAGCUAUGUUUUUCCGCCCACUUACUGUCCUUUUACCUCGAAAUAAUAUCCUCAUGCGUUCAUGACCUAUUAUUACUCUAGAUCUCCGUUCUCGCUGUGCUCGCCAUGACCUGCCGCC